UUAUUUCUAACCACAUUUUAAAUGGCUGUCAAAUCAACUUCGUCACUCUCUAUACUAGAGGAGCUCCUCACUUGUUCUGUCUGUCUUGAAUUCUUUACCCACCCUAAGAUGUUAUCCUGUCAUCAUUCUUUCUGCCAGACUUGUCUAGAGAAAUUAGAGAAUGCCCAUUCAUUUCUCUGUCCUACUUGUCGUUGUCGUACACAAGUACCUGAUGGAGAAGUAGCUGGCCUUCCUACUGCUUUCUACCUUGUCAAGUGUAAAGAGAUACACAGUCAAAUGAAGAAGGAGACCAAAUGUCAUAACUGUGACAAAAGCAAUGCUACUGGCUACUGUAAAAUGUGCCACGAAUCACUUUGCAUUAGCUGUAUUGAAGUACAUAACAGGUGGAGUAGGUUCUCUGACCAUAAGAUAGUUGACAUCAUUUUGGUACAGAAUUUACUAUCAACUGUUGAGCAGUUUAGAGAAGUAAAAGGUGCACUGACUGAUAGCACAAAGAAAGAAAGAGAGGCCAGACAAGGUGGAGAAGGUCAUGGGGAUUGUGAGCAGUGGGAGAAUAUUGAUAAGUUACUUCACCUUUUGACUGGAGAAGGAAAAUCCAUUGAAAGUGUUCAUAAUGAUGAUGAAGUAGAACUUUUACUAAUAGAACUAAAUCGUCUUCUACUUAGGCAAGAUUCAAAUGCUGUUUUGACAAACUAUUAUGGAGCUGCUAUCUCUCGUACUGCCCUGCAGGAGUGUGUCGUGAAAGUAAGUAAAGUUACUUGUACUGAUGCAAUGUUGCUCUCAUUCUCUCUGUUGAUUCAAUUACCUGCUUCUGUCAUCAUUCCAGUCUCUUCAAUCAAGUGUCGGUUAAUUCCAAUGAUUAAAGAAAAGGAGCAACAUAAAGACAAGUAUAAGAUCACAACCACUAGUGCCCCUGGAAUAUAUAAAGUUGAUUGCUGUCCAUUGGCUAGUGGUGCUCAUAGUUUAUCAGUUCAUAUUUAUGAUGUGCAGCUUGAGUCUGUAUCACUGAUGGUUCCUUUCAACCCUCACUUUGAUACCAUAGCUCCAGCUCGUGCCAUAUAUGGAUUCGGGUCAGUAUCUAGUGUUGCUGUUAGUAAUGAUGGUCUUAUUAUUUUUACCGAGCACCAGCAUAUCGAUCAAAAUCACUUGCAUUUUAUUAAGUGUUUUAACUCCCAGGAUAAUAUUGUACCAGAAGCAGCUUCUGUCAUAAAGUCUUACGAUGUAGAUCAAUUUGUUUGUGCAUCACUUAAGAAUGAUGUCAUUGUCAUAACAGAACAAUCUGCUGAAAUUUUGACAUUAAAAGGAGAAUUAGUUAGGAAGAUGACCGAUUCUAUUACCUUCACUAGAUGUCUUAGUUGUGCUGUCGUUUCAUCUAUAACUGGCUACAUAUACAUUGCUGAUAAUAAUGAUGUUUACAUUUUGUCUUCUGAUCUAAGAUUCAUUCGCUCCUUUGGUGGUUACGGAUCAAAAAAUGGAAAGUUUUAUGAAGCCAAAGGUGUUGCUAUUGCAGUCAUUGAUGGUGAGGAGUUUCUGUAUGUCACUGAUAGAUGUAAUCAUCGCAUUCAAAAGUUCACUUAUCUUGGGGAAUACCUGUCUACUUUUGGGACACAGGGAUCUGAUCCUGGCCAGCUGAAGAACCCUUAUGGUAUUGCCAUUGGUACUGGCAAUCUCCUCUAUAUAACAGAGUGUGGAAAUCAUCGUAUCUCAAUAUUCACUUUUGGAGGGGAUUUUGUUCGUUGCUUCGGAGGUCAAGGUAAUAAUAUUGACCAGUUUAGUAACCCAAGAGGAAUAACAUUUGAUAAUAAUGGAGUAAUGUAUGUUUAUGACUGCAACAGAUUAUUACUGUAUUGAAUAGUCUUAAUUUCUGCCACUUAAACUACAUAUUGAUUAAAUUUGAUUUAUUGAAGUUAUUUUUUGAAGUGAGCAAUACAAUUUAU